AUGAAAUGCUUUGUUGAAAGCGCAGGAUCUUCGAAUCGUCAUCAUGUGUUGUCUGCUGCGUUAAGAACUAGAGGAGAGAAUGUUCUGCUUGGGAAGCGCCGAAUGCUUGGGUACAGAUCAGAAAAAUACCAGUAGUUUCCGGGUUUUUUUCACCAGAGGGUAGAUUCCAUUUAGAGAUUUAUGUCAAAAAUGUGACUAAUAAAUGAAAUAGAUCAGCUGUGAAUUAUAGUGUAGUUAUUAACAGCUCUGUAGGUGGGGAGUGUUAGUUUGGGCAGUAGCCUUCUAGGACUACUCGGAAACAAAGGGAUUUUUUGUUUUUAGUGGAAGUUCAUUCAGGUGAGACGAGGAGCUCGAGUUUUUACCCAGACUAGAAGACUAGAAAUGUGCACAUCUAAUACAGGGCAUGUAAAUUAAACUUAAUAAUGCAAAUAAGUGAGGGGAAGGGCUGCCACAUGACACCCUGCUCAUGUGUCAGCCCAUUGUUCGUGUGACCUAAACCCACUGUAUUACCUAGAAAGCCUGAUUUGAAAGCUAUGUGACGUUGGAUUGAUAUUGUCAUCAACAUCCGCUUUGAAUAUGUUCUGUAAUUUUUUAUAUGUUAACUUAGCCCAGUAAAAUAAUUUUGUUGUCCAAAUUAUUUGCUGUUAAUUUUUCAACUUGACUUUCAUAAUUAACUGAUUUUCAAUCUAGACUUCCAGGUUUUAUUUGAUCUUUCGAACUUCAUUUUUUGUCAUUUUUCCAUCGACAUUGGUUGUUCAAGUAUGAUAUAAUGUUUUUUUCUCUAUUAGUGCACUUAAAACUAUUUUCAGUUCUCUUCAAUCCACCAAUUUUCUCAUGUCAACAAUGUUUUCUUUUGUACUAGUAAACAUUGGCCAUGGAGUGCUCAGGAAUUACAGGGGCUGUGAGGUAAAUUUAUUGGCAUUUAUAUGAUGCACAGUUUUUCUUUGCCGAUCACCUUAAUUGAACUAUGAUGAUCUAAAUUAUGUAGUUGUAUUGAUCCUGAAAUAAUUUUUUAUGGCAAAUAUAUUCGCAUAGGAAUACAUUCACAUCUCCACGUUGAAUUUUUUAGAAAAAUACCCAUAUUUUGGUCAUAUUUCAAUUGAGAUUCUUAAUUCUUUGUUCAAUUCCAAUCUCCGAUUUUUAUUUUUUUUCUAAUUCAUCGAAUUGUUUCAAGGUGUUGUGCAUGUGAUGCCCUUUAUUUUCCUCUUACUCUUUGACCAUCCUAAUUUUACCUUUAUUUUAAAUUUGUUUUAUAGAUGUUGCUCUGAAAAGGCAUGGUCUCAUGGCGACACUCAUUCUAUGCCAUUCGGCAACCUGUCUAUGGCAUCCACAAGCUCAGCUUUCCUGCAAUUUUCUCCUCUGACUGUCUCGAGAAGCAGUAAAAUCCCCAGGGUGAAAUGCCCCUCUCUCAAAUUCUACUGGGGACAACCCUCUUCGAGAUCUCUCUCCGUACAUGUCAGUUUAGAUGAGGAGGCUCCUCUGUCUGCUCCAGAAGAGUCACCGGAAGAGUUGCUCCCAGACAGCACGCAGGUCAAACAUUGUCGACUAUCUUCAGUUUUACUUGCCCUGUUAUUUUUUGAAUUUUAUGGUAGCAAGAACGGUCUUAACUGCACCCAUGUGUGAAUGAUUGAGUUAAUCUCUUAAAUUUAAUUUUUUUUGGGGGGAUUUAAUUAUCUCCAUCAGUCAUAUCUUAGACAUACAGGAGUAUUUAUUAAAUUAUUCAUGCGUUUCCUAUUUCCAGGGAAAUGGGAUAUCAAUCACAUAGUCAUGCUUAUAGUCAUUGUGAUGCUUAUCGUACACACCUGUGGACCUCUGUCUAACAUUCUAUGAUUACUGGAUUUCAUAUAUCAGCUCAAGGAAUUGUUCCUCGACUCUGAGAGAAGGCGGCUCAUCACGAAACUUUCUGAAGCUAAUCAGCACAACAGAUAUCUUAAAAGACAGGUUUCAUCAUUACGUUCUUCCUUAUUUUUCUAUGCCUCAAAGGUCUAAUUUUCGAAAAGAAAACAUCAGAAUAUAGACUGUGAGCAUUUUAUGCUGUAGAGUGGCGUGGUUGGUGAGAAUCCUCAAGAUGUUAGUGGCAUGGUUGAUGUGUAUCCUCAAGAUGUUAUCUCACAGAGAUCUUCUCUCUUUUUAUUAGCUUCUCCAUUACGUUUUUCAUGUCAAGGUCAGGGAAACAUGCGAAAUUCUUUCAUGUAGUGGUUUCCUAUCAGACUUUUAGUAUUUUUCUUUUUUCUCAUAUUUUCUCAUCAUAAUACAAAUAAUAUAAUCUACCAUGUGCUAGCCAUUUAUCAGGUAACAUUAUCUGGAGGCUACUGUCAAUGAUUUUUUUUGUGGAAUAAUGGAUCAUCUUCUACUUUCUGUCCUUUAUUUGCAGUUGAUAGCAAGGGAUGACGAUCUGGUCAACAUCAGAAGUGAACUUGCUUUUCUGGAAUUGGAGAUUCAGGUAUGCCUUAGAGAUGCCCUUCUCAUGAUUUUGCCCCACAAUUUACUCAUAGUUUAUUCCAUAUGAAUUAUUUAGGGAUAGUUUUGACAGCUUCUCUGAUGCGUGCCAUUCAGCUAAUUGUAUGGUACUUGGAAGAUGGCAGAUGGCAGAUGGCAGGCAUGAUGGUACACAGUCACUAUGUCUCACAAGCAUGCCCAGCUUUUACCCCUUGGAAACCCAAUGGAUGAUUAGGUUUUCUUGUAGAGCCGGUCUCAUAUCAGUCAAAUGGAUUAAGAUUCAUGAUUGUCUUUUCUGGUUGUUUAAAUCCGUAAAAUAUCUUUAUCAUCAGUUUUUACUUCAUAUCAACCUGUUACAAAGAAAAAAAGCCUGUAAAUUUUUCUGAUACUUGAAAAUAGUAUAGUUCAUGUCAGUCAAACGAAUGAAGAUUCAUGAUUUUUUUUUCUGGUUGUUUUAAUCCGUAAAAGUACGUUUAUCAUCAUUUUUUAGUUCAUAUCAACCUGUUACAAAGGAAAAAAUUGUCACUUAAAAAAAAUUCUGAUCUUUGGAAAUAGGAUAGUUCAAAUCAGUGAAAUGGAUUAAGCUUCAUGAUUGCCUUUUUUGGUUGUUUUAAUCCGUAAAAAUAUCUUUAUCAUCAAUUUUUAGUUCAUUUCAACCUGUUACAAAGAGAAAAAAAACUGUCAUUUCCUUUAAAUUUUUCUGAUCUUUGGAAAUACUAUAGGUUUUGAAGGAAAUGACUUCAGAUAUUUUUCCAUUUAGAUAUCGAAACGAACUGAAAAAUGAUGUGUGAAAAUAUUUAUUGUUUCCUAUCUUAUAAAUCAAAUGAGAACGAAGUUAGUUUUCCGCAUUAAUCAGAAACUCUAUCUUUCUUGCACAGGUGUUGACUGAAUUGGCAGAAGAGAUAGCAAGCUAUGGCGUAUCAUCCAGUUCAAGAAAGAUUAAAGGAAAAUACAUCCAAUCCCACCUUGUUUCCAGACUUCAAGGUAUGCUCAUGCUUUUAAUAGAAAAAUUAUUAGUCAAAUAAGAUGCUUAUUUAUUUUCUUUGCUGAAUUCUCUCUUUACUGAAACGUUUUGUAGCUCUCCAAGGAAAAAUUGAGAAACAGAGGAAGGAUGUUGAUGCCGUCAAGUUUAGGGAAAUCACCCUGUACUGGAUUGGCAUGGCAGAGGUAAUGGAUCAAUCCAUCAAUCUGCUGUUCUUUGAAUUUAUAUUUAUGUGGGUUUACUUACUUUAAUUGGAUGAUAUCUUAUAAUUAGGAGUGCCAAAUGAUUCUGCUCAACUGUUCCAAACCCGUCUCUCAAAGUCGAGUCUAGAGAGAGAAAAUAGACCCAUAUCUGGAAAGAAUCUACCCAUGGGAAACGGCCCAUUGACUCCCCUAUUUAUCAAUCCAUCAAUCUGCUGUUCUUUGAUUUUAUAAUUAUGUGGGUUCAAUUACUUUAAUUGGAUGAUAUCUUAUAAUUAGGAGCGCCAAAUGAUUCUGCCCAAGCUUUCCAAACCCGUCUCUCAAAGUCGAGUUUAGAGAGAGAAAAUAGACCCAAAUCCAGGAAGCAUCUUCACAUGGCAGAUGAUCCAUUAACUCCCGUAAUUAUCAGUCCAUCAAUCUAUUGUUCUUUGAGUUAAUAUUUAUGUCGGUUUAAUUUCUAUAACUGGAUGAUAUUUUAUUACUAGUAGUGCCAGAUGACUCUGCUCAAGUUUUCCAAACCCGUCUCUCAAAAUCAAGCCUAGAGAGAGAAAAUAGGCCCAAAUCCAGGAAGCAUCAAGCCAUGGCAAAUGGCCCAUUGACUCCCCUAUUUAUCAAUCCAUCAAUCUGUUUUUUUUUCGAGUUUUAUAUCUACGUGCUCAUGCAUUUAUGUGAGUUUAAUUACUAUAACUGGAUGAUAUUUUAUUACGAGUACCAAAUGAGUCUGCUCAAGUUUUCCAAACCCGUCUCUCAGUAUCAAGUCUAGAGAGAGAAAAUAGGCCCAUAUCCGGGAAGCAUGUACCCAUGGCAAAUGGCCCAUUGACUCCCCUAUUUAUAUCAAUCUGUCAGUGUGCUGUUCUUUGAGUUUAUAUCUACGUGUUCAUACAUUUAUGUGGGUUUAAUUACCUCAUCUGGAUGAUCCAAUAAAUGACUCUGCUCAGGUUUUCCAAACCCGUCUCUCAAAGUCAAGCCUAGAGAGAGAAAAUAGGCCCAUAUCCGGGAAGCAUCUACCCAAGUCAACGGCCAAUUGACUCCCCUAUUUAUCAUAUUUUUUUUCCAAUAGUGGCCUCAAUUUUAGAUACUAAAGAUGUCAUGUUUCCAUGUUUGUCAUAUUUUUUUUCAAAUAUUUUGCAUGAAUCUAAGUUGCCAGAGAUAAUCAUGGCUUUGCGUUUUCCGUUUGCCAGAGUGUGCAGGUGAUGGGGUCAUUCGACGGAUGGAGCCAAGGAGAAGACAUGUCUCAGGAAUUCACCGGUGCCUACGUCAAGUUCUCUGCCAGUAUGAAGCUCAGACCUGGCCGGUAAGUCUCUCUCUCUCUCUCUCUCUUCCUUCUCUCUUUUCUCUCUCUUCUCUCUCUCUUCUCUCUCUCUCUCUCUAGAUAUAUAUCUGUCUGUCUGUCUAUCUAUAUAUUUAUCAAGCUAGCUAUCUCUGAUCGCAUGUAUGAAGCUCAAACCUGGCCGAUAAGUCUCUCUCUCUCUCUCUUCUCUCUCUUCUCUCUCACUCUAGAUAUCUAUCUAUCUGUCUCUCUGUCUCUAGAUAUCUAUCUCUCUCUCUCUCUCUCUCUCUCUCUCUCUCGCAUCUCUCUCACUCUAGAUAUCUAUUUGUCUGUCUCUCUCUAGAUAUCUAUCUCUCUCUCUUGCUUCUCUCACACUCUAGAUAUCUAUCUAUCUGUCUCUCUCUCUCUCUCUUUCUCUCCUCUCUGUCUGUCUCUCUCUCUCUCUUCUCUCGCUCUCUAGAUAUCUAUCUAUCUGUCUCUCUCUCUCUCUCUCCUCGCUCAGUCUAGAUAUCUCUGUCUUACAUCUCUUCUCUCUAGAUAUCCAUCUAUCCGUCUCUCUCUCUUCUCUCUCUCUCCAGAUAUCUAUCUAUCUUUCUACCUGUCUCUCUCUCUCUUCUCUCCAGAUAUCUAUCUAUCUUUCUACCUGUCUCUCUCUUUCUUCUCUCUCUCUCUCCAGAUAUCUAUCUAUUCAUCUGUCUCUCGCUUUCUCUCUCUGUCUCUCUCUCUCGCUCUCUAGAUAUCUCUCUGUCUCUCUCUCUCUCUCUCUAUAUAUGUCUAUCUAUCUGGUUAUCUAUCUAUGAUCGCAGGUAUGAGGUGAAAUUUCUAGUCGAUGGGCAGUGGCAGCUGUCACCGGAGCUCCCAACCAUCGGAGAAGGCGAGCUGAAGAACAACCUCUUGAUCGUGGAGUAG